AUGGCGGAAGGGGGUGAAGAGGAUAAUUUGCCGAGGGAUGCGAAAAUUGUGAAGGAAUUGUUGAAAUCGAUGAGUGUGGAUGAUUACGAGCCUCGAGUAAUAAACCAGUUCUUGGAGCUAUGGUAUAGAUAUGUUUUUGAUGUUUUAACAGAUGCACAAGUCUACUCGGAACAUGCCGGGAAAUCCACAAUUGAUUGUGACGAUGUAAAGCUUUCUAUCCAGUCUAAAGUCAACCGAAGUUUCUCGCAACCACCACCUCGAGAGGUGCUGCUGGAGUUGGCCAGGAGCAGAAAUAAGGUCCCGCUGCCAAAAUUGUUAGCAGGGCAUGGGAUCCCUCUGCCUCCAGAACAAGAUACAUUGAUCAGCCCGAAUUAUCAGCUCGCUAUACCCAAGAGGCAAAUAAGCCAACAUGUUGAAGAGACCGAAGACGAUGAAGAAGCUGUUAAUCCCAAUCCCAAUCCUAGCCAAGAACAAAGAGAUUUGCCUCAUGGAACAUCUCAGCGAGUUUCUUUUCCUGUUGCAGCUAAACAACCGAGAUAA